AUGUCGCUCACGCACCCCACGCCGCGCGUUGCCGAGCUCUGGGAGCCUCCCUCCCCUUUACUGCCUCCUGAGGACCCUGAUUCUCAACCACCCAGUAGUAAGCGGCUCCGUCUUGAGGAGCCUGGCGGUGUCUCUGAGGCAGGGUGGAGGCUGCCUUUGGUGCCUCGCUUGUCUAAGGUGGAGAAAGUCUGGGAGUUGUCGCCCAGGCCCUUCACAGUGCCCCGUGUUUCAGCGAAUGCGAUUUUUGAUAACUCCACAGACUCGUGUGUGGAGAAAUCAGUCAGUGGGAAGCAGCUGCGUAAUCUGGGAUGCCAAAAGAGCAAAUCUGAGAUGAAGAGUUGUUCGCAGUCUCUUCCCUCACAAAGUUUUGAUUCUGGUUUGACGGCUUCCAGAAGGUCUUCUGAACCAGGACCGUACGUCAGAGAGGUUUUCAGCGUGCACUGCGGUGACAGAGCCCAAGCAGCGGCUGGUCAGCUUCUGCCCAACGCCUCUAGACGCGAUGUGCAUGGAGUUAAAAACGAGGAUGGAGAACGAUGUUUAGUUCAAGGGAGAGACGAUAGUCAGAAAGACAAUAGUUAUAUAAAACAGACAGAAAAUCUAUUUUUAGAUGUUACCUUCUAUAAGGAAAGGAAAUCAACAUUUCAUGAAAUUAAGAACAGAUGUAAAGCUGACAGAGUUAUGCCAUCAAAUAAGAAAGAAAAUAACAUUUCAGCAUCUACACUAAAAAUAUCAAAAUCUCAAAACCAGCCCAGCACGGAAAUUGUCAAACCCAGCUAUUUUGGAGAUAGCAGCACAAUAAGUAUCCCUGAGUUCCCAACUGAUUUAAAUAGCAAAAUGUCCUCUGUCUAUUUAAAGGAAAUAGCAAAGAAAAGGAAUGACAAAAAUGAGGCAUAUGUUAGAAAUUUCACAAACAUUUACUGGUCCCGAAAUAGACCUGAUGUUAAGAAGCAAAAGUUACAGAAUGAUAAAAAAAUUGUGGAUGCAGAAAAUGUUUUUUCUGAAUGUUCUGAAGGUAACCACCAGUCACUCAGCAACCAAGAUAUUUGCGUGAAAAAAAAAAACUUGAUCAGUUUAAACUACUAUAACCACAGUAGUAUCAAGUCUGAUGUAAGAGACUCUGAAAAGAAUUGCACUAUAAUACUAGAAAAUACAAAUUGGGAAGAAGCAGAAACAUGCUUGGACAGUUACAUAUCUACCAGAUUGGAAAAAUCUCAAAGGUCAAACCGUAAUAUUAGACAUAUUUUGAGAAACAGCGAAAAUUAUUGGAUUAGAGAUAAUUACAAGACUAAAUGUGAAAAUAUGAAAAAAACUGGAGAAAAAGGGAAUUUGCUACAAUUAUUAGAAAUAGAUCUUUUAAGCAAAGAAGAUUAUUACGAUACAAAAACCAUGAAUAUACAUGAAGAACAAUCAAAGCUUCUCAUGAGAGGAACAUUGGGUAACCAAAAAGCUGUAAUAAAAUUUUUUUGGUUAAAUGGUAAAGGAGAAAACAAUAAUGUACUACAAUCGAGAUAUACUACACAAAAAAACUGUCGCUUGAGCAACAUUUUUGAAAGUUGCAUCCCAGAAAUUUUUUAUUUCCACAAAAGUAUAUCAGGAAAUCAAAAAGAUAACAGUAUUUUAACCUGGUAUGAAAUUUUGAAGCGUCAAAAGCAAAUUGAUGUUCAAAAUCUAAUAAUUAGGAAGAUGAAUGUCAAUAGAAAAAAUAUUUUAAGCCUUUAUUUACAAACCAGUGUUUCAGACCCUCUAAAUAUCAUAUUGAAAGCCAACAUAGCUUCUUUGCUCAAUAACUUUGCUUCUUUAACAAGAAUUGAAAAUGAUUCUAAAUUAGAAGAGGGAUUUAUUUUCAAAAGGAUAGUGUAUUUGAAUUAUUCAAAAAAUAUUUUAGUGGAAAAUCAUACUGUAUAUCUAGUAAGGACUUUAACUUUUUCAAGAUUAUUGGAAAAUAAUAUGAAACCUAUGUUAGAGAAAAGAAGGCUAUUUAAAAAUGGACAAGUUUUUGAACAGUCUAAGAAAAAAACCAUCAAUUCCUUCCGUAAGACAACUAAAAAUAUGCAUUUUCCGAUUUUUGAAACAUAUGAAAAAAUUCUUGUGUUAAUGGACUUUGAUGACAUGGAUGAAAUUUCUUUGACAAAAGAAAUUAUUUACGAGAAUAAGAGUUGUCCUGAACAUCUCAUAAACAUGGAAAAUUGGGCUCACUGUAGUAUUAAUAUUGUUAAAACACAUGUUAAGUCUAGUCCUCAACUAAUACAGAACAACAGUAUAUAUACUAAUGAAAAAUUUUGUGAAAUAAAUCUGCGCAACCAAGAUGUCGAUACUGAAAGAAAACAGGAGCAUAAUAAGAUCAGUAGCUUUAAUUUAAAGUGCAUAUUUGAAGAUUUCUUCAGUAUUGGGCAACAGGCCAUACCGACAAGGCAUGACACAAAACAUAGUGAACAAACCAAUCCCAUGAUUAUAACUCCCAUGCUAAAUUUUGGAAACUUGCUAAGCAAAAUUGAAGGAAAAAAGCAUGACUUAAUUUUGAAGGAGGAAGUAAAAGUCACAGCACAAAGUUUAACAAACAGUUGGCAAGUUCAUAAAGAUAUUAAGAAAGAAAAGGAAGAGAAAAAUAGUUUUUAUUCAAUGGAUGGCAUGUUUUCUAUGCAACCAGUUUCAUUAAUGAGUAAGAAAGUAAAUGUGGAAGAAACUAAAUAUAUUAACCAAAAUAACAUAGCUGACAGAAAUGAAUAUGAGAGUAUUUUGCAAGGAAAUGAGUUAGCUAAUUCAAAGCAUUUUCAUCCAAAGAAUGACUCUACAGAAUGUGUUAAUCAUCACUUUGAAACUGAUUUGAGUGUAGGGAACAAUGAAUGUUUUCAGAACUUAACUUCCAAGUGUUUAUCAACAGAAGCUCUGACAAUAGUAAAAGAUUUUGAGAUGAAGAGUAAAUUUGAUUUAGUACUUGAAGAACUUCGUAUGUUUCAUGAAAUUAGUAGGGAAAAUGAAAUUCUAAACACUGUGGAAACAAACAAUGGGCAAGAAAAUUACUUUGGAGAAAAUAAUGAUGUUGAGGAGGUAAAAAGAGAGAUAAAAAAAGAUUUGAAAAUGGUUACAGUCAAGAAAAUAUGUGCAUCUUCUUCGUUCUGUGAUACUAUAGCAGGUCCUGAUAUGCAUAAAAGACACCAAAGUUUAUUUAAAUGGAAAACAGUAUCCCAAAAUUGGGAACAGGAAGUUUCUAAUGAAUAUUGCUGUCCAAGAAAAUCAGAGGAAGGAUUACUCUAUUCUACUUCUGAGGAAGACUGUGAAAAGCUUUCACCUGAAAGACCUGCUUUUUUCUCUGAUGAAUUUAAAGACGGAAAAAUUAGUUAUUUACUGAAGGGAGGUAGUAAUUUUUCACAUGGAAUUUCAAGAAUACUACCUCUUAAGACAUGCAGUCGACCAAUCAGAGUUGGUUUGUCAAGAAAAGCUAAGCUUAAACAACUUCAUCCCUAUCUGAAAUAA